AUGGAGCCAAUAACAUUUAAAGUUAAAAAAUGUCAAACACCUAGUGAUUUCCCAGCAAGUUUCAGUCUCCAGCUCGUUGGUUCUCUGCCAGUCCAUUCCCUAACCACCAUGUCCAUGCUGCCUUGGAUUGUGGCAGAGAUCCGGACACUCAGUACAAAGUCUGCCAAAGAAGAACCUAGCGUCAGCCAAAUCCGACUCUAUGUUUCACCAGCGAGUUUGCGAUGUGAACCAGACACAGGGAAGAUCCAGCAGUGGGAUCCUUUGAUUUGCUCAAGUUUGUUUGAAUACAAGCCGCAGCAUGUCCACAAGCUGAUUCACAACAGCCAUGAUCCAAGCUACUUUGCUUGUCUGAUAAAGGACGGAGCAGCAAAUCAACGAAGUAUCUGCUAUGUAUUUAAAGCUGAUGAUCAGACAAAAGUACCUGAGAUUAUAAGCUCUAUUCGACAAGCUGGAAAAAUUGCUCGUCAAGAAGAGUUUCAGAAUAAUCUCUCGGAUGUUGAAGACCCUUUUGCCAAAAAGUUUGAGGUGCUGUUCUGCGGACGGGUGACAGUAGCGCAUAAAAAUGCACCUCCAGCACUCAUAGAUGAAUGCAUUGAGAAAUUCAAUCGUGCAAGUUGUACAAAAAAAUCAGAUUUCACCUCUUCAUCCCAACAACAUGAAACUGCCAAUAACUUUGGAGGCUUCUCUUUCAGCAACAAAUUUCGGUCUGUCUUCCAGCCCUUGGUCAGUGGAGAAGAGGACAAAAGGCCAAUUAGGAAAUCCUAUUCUCAGCCUGGGCUUCGUUCCUUUGCUUUUAAGAAGGAUUUGCAAGAGGGAAGCCAUAGGAGUAACAGCUUUGUCAGGUCUUUUGAAGAAGAUGCAAUUUCACUGAACCUAAAAAGUCAGCUUAUCUAUGGACACAGUGUUGUGCAGCCAACAGAUAUUGCAGAAAACCGGACCAUGUUGUUUACGAUUGGCCAGUCUGAAGUUUACCUUAUCAGUCCCGAUACAAAAAAAGUAGCAAUUGAAAAAAGCUUUAAAGAGAUAUCCUUUUGUUCUCAGGGAAUUAGACAUGUGGAUCACUUUGGGUUCAUCUGCAGAGAGUCUUCAGAAAAUGGAGGCUUCCACUUUGUUUGCUACGUGUUUCAGUGCACAGAUGAAGCACUGGUUGAUGAAAUCAUGAUGACAUUGAAACAGGCUUUCACCGUAGCUGCUGUGCAACAAACUUCCAAGGCACAACCCCAGCUCUGUGAAGGGUGUCCUAUGCAAAGCCUGCAUAAACUCUGUGAAAAGAUUGAAGGCUUACACCCUUCUAGGACUAAACUAGAACUACAAAAGCAUCUAACAACACUAAAUAACCAGGAGCAGGCCUCUGUUUUUGAAGAGGUUAAGAAAUUAAGACCAAGAAAUGAUCAAAAAGAGAAUGAGUUGGUUAUCUCUGUGUUGAGAAACAUGUAUGAAGAAAAACAGAAGGACCAUGUUCAUGUUGGAGAGGCAAAACAGACUUCACAACCCCCUGCUGAGAAUGCUGUUAAUGAAGUGCCCAGCAGUGCUCCGAGAUUCAGAUUGGAUAUGUUAAAGAACAAAGCAAAAAGAUCUCUGACAGAAUCAUUUGAAAGUAUUUUGUCACGUGGCAAUAAAGCCAGAGGUCCACUGGACAAUUUGGGUGCUGUGGAUUUGGAUGGCUCCAUGUCCAGUACCUCCAUCAGCACAAGCAGAGAACCCCCAUUGUGUGAAAAGGAGAAAGAUGGACUUCCUACGCUUCCUACAGAGAACACUGUCAAGACCAGUGGAUCAGUGGGUGAUCUCUCCGGCGAUGCAGAUGAUUCUCCUGUUGAGCAGUCUGUUACUUUACCUCAGCAAAGCUUUCGAAGGCGAGCAAACACACUGAGUCAUUUACCAACAGAAAGCCAGGAGCCUCUGGUACCUGUUGAAACAUCGCCGUCUGCUCCCCAGAGGAAACUUAUGAGGUAUCACUCAGUGAGCACAGAGACUCCUCACAAAAGAAAUUCUCCAGGUCAACUUGUGCGUUCUCAUAAUCUAGCUCGUCUUAAUCCCUCGGCCUCUUCACCCAACUUUUUUAAGUAUCUAAGGCAUAAUUCAAGUGGAGAACAAAGUGGGAAUUUUGCACAAAAGAGCAUCUCCUACCGUACUGCCUUAAGGAAAAAGCUUCAUUCUUCCUCCUCUGUGCCAAAUUUCUUAAAGUUUCUGGCUCCUGUAGAUGAAAAUAACACCUCUGACUUUAGGAGCACAACAAGUGACUAUGAAUCCAAACACAGCCAGCAGGCCGUUGGUGCGGACAGCCCUGUAAGGACUCGCCGGCAUUCGUGGAGGCAACAGAUAUUCCUGCGAGUGGCAACCCCUCAGAAAGCAAGUGAUUCUCCCAGUCGCUAUGAUGAUUACUCUGAAUUGGGUGAACUUCCACCGAGGUCUCCAUUGGAACCAGUGUGUGAAGACGGCCCGUUUGGGCCAGUGAAAGAAGAAAGGAAACGGACACCUCGUGAGCUUCGCGAGUUGUGGAAGAAAGCCAUUAUUCAGCAGAUACUGCUUAUCAGAAUGGAGAAAGAAAACCAGAAGUUACAAGCUUCAGAAAACAAUUUGCAGAACAGACGUCUGAAACUUGACUAUGAAGAAAUCACACCAUGCUUAAAAGAUGUAACUUUGAUUUGGGAAAAAAUGUUAAGUACACCUGGAAGGUCAAAGAUUAAAUUUGAUGUGGAAAAAAUACACUCUGCUGUUGGGCAAGGAGUACCACGUCACCACCGUGGGGAGAUCUGGAAGUUUCUAGCAGAGCAAUACCAUCUUAAACAUCAGUUUUCAAGUAAACAACAACCAAAGGACACACCUUAUAAAGAACUCCUAAAACAACUAACUUCCCAGCAACACGCAAUACUUAUUGACCUAGGGCGCACAUUUCCAACACAUCCGUACUUCUCGGCACAGCUGGGAGCUGGGCAGCUGUCACUCUACAAUAUUUUGAAGGCCUAUUCGCUUCUGGACCAGGAAGUAGGAUAUUGCCAGGGCCUUAGUUUUGUAGCAGGAGUACUACUGCUUCAUAUGAGUGAAGAAGAUGCUUUUAAAAUGCUAAAGUUUCUCAUGUUUGACAUGGGCCUGAGAAAACAGUAUCGUCCUGACAUGACAAUUUUACAGAUCCAGAUGUAUCAGCUGUCUCGACUUCUUCAUGACUACCAUCGAGAUCUCUAUAACCACCUAGAGGAACAUGAGAUUGGCCCCAGCCUCUAUGCUGCUCCCUGGUUUCUCACCAUGUUUGCCUCCCAGUUUCCCCUUGGAUUUGUAGCCAGAGUGUUUGAUAUGCUCUUUCUUCAAGGAUCAGAGGCUAUAUUUAAAGUGGCUUUAAGCCUAUUGGGAAGCCACAAGCCCUUGAUUCUGCAGCAUGAGAACCUAGAAACUAUUAUUGAUUUUAUUAAAUGCACUCUCCCCAACUUGGGUUUGGUACAGAUGGAAAAGACCAUUAGUCAGGUGUUUGAAAUGGAUAUUGCCAAGCAGUUGCAAGCGUAUGAAGUUGAAUACCACGUCCUUCAGGAUGAGCUUAUAGAUUCAUCUUUAAAUGACAAUCAGAGACUGGACAAAUUAGAAAAGGCAAACAGUAGCUUGCGCAAACAAAACUUUGAUCUUCUGGAAGAACUACAGGUUGCUAAUGGAAAGAUCCAAAAACUUGAAGCCACAGUGGAGCUUUUAUUGACCAAUGAAGGCAAAUUGAAGCAGUCCAUUCUCACUCUUGAGCAGGAGCGAGCAGCUUUGCUGAAAGCAAUGGAAGAGAUGCGGAAAAAGAUUGGUGGUACAGAUGGAAAGCCUCUGCUUACUAGACAAGAACACAUGGAUGCUGACUGACACUCACAGUUGUGAUGGAGCAGAGAAGCUGAGCAAGAAACAAAGGGAAGAACUGGGUCUUUUUGUCAUGAUCCAUGGGGAUUUGACAUUGUCACCCUCGUUGUACAUGCUUUACUGUAGCAAAGCAAGAGACAGGCAUGGUGGCUUUCCAUAUCAGAGAAGCUGGUUUCUCGGGGAGAAGGCUCGCUCUUCUUAGUAUGUAGAAAUACUAUGAACAGUAAGAUGCCACAUAAUAAUAAGCAGAAGAACCUUAAUACUGUGUGCAGUCAUACACAAUACACUCUAAAGAUGUCAUGAAUUCUUCCAUAAGUGCUUCUAAACCUAAGUGCU